UGCCUCGGGAGUGGCAAUCUUCUUUUCUGGUUUUUCUACUUUUGGCGGGGAGAGCUCGUACGGGAUGAGCGCUAGGCUGGGGGCUGCUUGUUCCAGGAUGCGUCUUGUAAGGGUGGAAGGAGUCCCGUAGCUUGCAGCGGUGAGCCGCCCAAGGUCGCCAAGGGGCCCCCAUUGGAAAGCCUUUUUUGCCGGCGGUGGCGUGUACCCCGAUGCCUUUUGCCGCGCCACAAACUCGCAGAGCACAGAGCUGGACUGAUGAAUGGGACUCUGAUCCCAGGGACACCCAUUGCGGUGGAUUUUUGGAAUAUCAGAAAAGCAGGGGAAGCUCGCUUGUUCUUUCUUUCCCAUAUGCACAGUGACCAUACAGUGGGGCUUUCUAGCACUUGGAACCAACCGAUUUAUUGCUCUCCUGUUACUGGUCAAAUUCUGCAUCUCAGGCUGAAGGUGGCUGAGCAAUGGAUCCGCCCUCUGGAAGUGGGAGAGAGCCAUGUCUUGGCCUUGGAUGCAGUGGGCCGAGAAACCAUGACAGUGACCUUGAUAGAUGCUAAUCACUGUCCCGGAUCUGUCAUGUUCCUUUUUGAAGGCUACUUUGGUGUCAUCCUCUACACAGGUGAUUUCCGCUACACCCCCAGCAUGCAGCAGGAACCAGCUCUGAAGAAUGCAAAGGUCAUCAAUGUCCUCUAUCUGGACAAUACAAACUGCCAUCCCAAUAUUGUCUUACCAUCCCGGGAAACAGCGACUGAGCAAAUAAAAAGGGUGAUCAGGGAACACCCCUAUCACAUGGUUAAGAUAGGUACCUACAGUUUGGGAAAAGAGUCAUUGCUGGUGGAACUGGCCCAAGAAUUUCACACCUGGAUUGUUGUGAGUCCCAGGAAGCUAGAACUUGUGCAACUGCUGGAGAUUGAGGAUGUAUUCACCUCUGAAGAAGGGGCUGGUUGGAUCCAGGCUGUAGAUUUUUCAGAAAUUGGCCAAGCAACUAUGAAUAGCUGGAACCAAAGGCAUCCAACCAUAGCUGUUCUCCCUACCAGCCGGCCAGUGAAGAUCAGCCAUCCUGAUGCCUACAUUAUUCCUUAUUCAGACCACUCAUCUUUCCAAGAGUUGCUAGAGUUUGUAGUCUGGCUAAAACCCUGCAGCAUAAUCCCAAUAGUAAAGAAGGAGGCAUGUUACGCAUAUUUCCAGCAGUACUUGAGAUCUGAGAAUGGUUCACUUCUGGAGCCCAAAGUCCCUGAAUCAGUACAAAGAUUUAUGCAAAACAACAUGAAGCAGAAAAGGCCCUUAAGGUUGUCAAAACUAGCUGUUCAUCGCCAUGUGCCCAGGGGAGUUUGUUUUGAAUCCCCAGAGAAAUGUAUCAGCAAUAGUGAAAGUGACUGUGAUGCAGAAGUUUUCCAACAAAAUUGUUCAGAACCCAUGAAGAAAUCAGUGCCUUACUGUAAAGUUGGGUGUGUCGAUGGGUACUCCCCAUACGAGGAGGAGCAGGAAGAAAUAGUGGCAGAACCAAAAACCCCCCUUGAAAGCCAGUGUGUGCUUUCCCCAGUGAACUUCAAAUGUGUGGCCUCUACUAAGCAUCAGCUAGGAGGCAGUGCUGUCAGCCAGCUUCCAAAACAUCAGACAACUGUAAUGUCAAAACACACAUGCACUUUGUCCAAGAACAAGAGGGAUACACGGUCCCUACCAAGAAGGUCCUUCUGUUCCUCUGUAGGUAGUGACCUUGACUCCCCAAUAUCACAAGUUCUUCAGACUGACAAAAAUGACAGUUUCAGCUCUCCGAAGGAUGUAGCAUUACAGCCUGUCAAUAAGCAGGUUUCACAAAGCCUUCUUCAGGAAUAUGAUCUGUCUCCACUCAACACCCCAAAGCAAUGGUCCCUACAAAACUUCGAUUGGCAAGUAGAGAACUACUUAAAGCGAGGGAAAUGUAUGGAGUAGGGCAUAGUUGCAUUUGGUAUAAAAACUUAGUGUGCAAUCCAGCAGUGUGACAGCAGAAGGCUGUUUGCAUCCGUCUUCCCCACUCCCCAUCUGUAGGCUCCCCACUCUGAGAAAAUCUCCCUACCCUCUAGAACAGAUUUUGUAGAUACACAAAAGUCUCGUGGGGAGCAAGAAUUCCUCCCCUGUCCCAGUUCCACUGAUAAAUGACUUGGUCAGCAGAGAACCUUCAUUGCCUUCCUUUGGGUAAAAGCAAAACUGUUAACUGAGUGCCAAGAGUGAGCAGCUAUGAAAUUAUCUCAGUGUUCUGUUCAGCCAGUGCAGUUUACCAGCAUAUUUUUCCUUAGUCUGAUCCAACUAAUGGUUGUAAAAAUAAGGUGAAUCUUCCUGAUGUAUUAGGGCUACUCACCAAUGUUAAGCUUCUGUGUCAGAGACUGUUAAAUAUGCAGCUUCACCAGCUACCUUUGUUUAUUGAAAUGGAAUACUAUGGCAGAAUUGUUUGACAAGGAUAUAUUUUUAUUUUUCUAUUCAAAGUUUAAAAAGGAAAAAACAGGUUUUUGUUACAUUUUUAAAGAACCAAGCAGGAAGUGAGCAUUGCCCAAGAGCAUUGCCUAAAUACUGAUGAAUGCAAAUUUCCUACCAAAUUAAACACAGUUUGGCUAAACUAA